ACUUGUCGCAAAGAAAUUCUUUGCUACAAAAAUAGCUGAAAGUCUGACCACAAGGACUGGACUCAGAAGAAAAUACUUUCAUUUUCUGUUCAGUACAAAACCACAAUAGACCAACAAUCUGGUACCUACCCAGACUGGGGACUCUUCCCCAGUAGCACCACUUUGUGUGUGUUUGCUCUUUUUAAAAGUGAUUUGUUUUCCUCUUCAGCUGCCAUCUAGUUGGUGGUGGAAGGGUGUUGGCAGGAGCAGGAGCAUCACGGCUCCAUGGUGGAGCUUUUCUGACUUCUGUUGAGUGUUGGUGCACUUCACGCUGAAGAACGGCUGACCAAAGUUGACCAAAGCCUCAAUAACUGAUGUUCCCAGUGCCCUGAUCCGCUGAGGUGGUUCCUGUUGAUCCAGGUCAGAUACCCACCAUACAUGUGCUCCCCAGCAGUGAUCACAGUGAGUACAAGAACAGUGUGGGAUGUUCUCUCGGCUGUGUGGGAGCUGCCCUCCUGCUUGCUUCACCCUCUGCUUGCCUUGCUACAAACGGAGAGGAGGGGGAGAGGAAAGCCCCACCAGGACCUGGUGCGGGGCUUUCCUCCCUCUUUUCUGGGAGGAAAAAAAAAUCCAAAGCACCCAAGGUAGACAAUUCCAGGAUGUGCUCAGUUACAAUAUAGAAUCAGAAUGGUUAGGGUUGGAAAGGACUUUAAGAUCAUCUAACCUGAUCAGCAAAAAACCCCACUAAAAUCAGUGAGAAUUGGACUGGGGAAAUAAAUAAAGUCCAUGUACAAAAUCAAAUUACUUAACUCAAGGUUUCCUAUUCAGUUUGGAUCAGUCACUUGAAUUAAUUCAUCUUUCUACAGCCCAGACAUGCCCUAGAUAUUUAGAACUCCUUAAUUGUGCACAAUGACCUGUGUGUGCACGCGUAGUUGAGCAAGAGCUGUGUUCAUAAAAUAACAACCAGGUUACAUGUUUGCUUAGGUACAGGGAGUUUGCUGUAACACCUCUUGCUCACAGGUGUAUUUAUAGCACCAAGCUGGCUGUAGGUCGGUUUCCUGACUCUGCUGUUGUUAUAGCUGGGGCUUAUUUACACGUAUUUGCAUAAGCAAAGAUAAAACAUUGCCACAGCACCUUGGUGGUGGUUUAUAGAACCUUGCUGUGGCUGUUUGAGGAGGUGAGGGUUGAUACGUACCGCAGUGGUUGCCUGUAAAGAGGUAAAAUGAAUUUUUCUGAACCCCCUCAUGGUGCUUUUUCUGUAAUUGCCAUUUAUCAGGUAGCUCGGCUCUGGUCCUGCCAUGCGGAUGCACUCGGAGCAGGGCCACCUUUGUGGGUGACACGGAUGGAAGGCAGAGAGGCUACAGGCAGGGCUGGGGGAGGGAGGGGGGCAAAGCACUGUGUAAGCAGCUGGGCUGGCUCGGUAAGGUACAGCUUAGUCACUUCCUUUGGGAAGCGUGUAGGAUGCACCUACCUCCUGUGUGGGAGCCCCACUGGAGCCUCCUGAAGCUGCAGCAAAAUGUUGAGGUGUUCUCUGCUCACCAGGAAUGGACCUUCUCAUGGGCUGGGUUUGCUGGCCUGGCGUGGUCCCAGUGGGUGCAGCAGUGAACUUGGGCGCUGUGCUGCCUGAGGAGGGGUUAGAUCUGCUGUAGGAGAUGGAACCAGACACAGCAAAGCCUGGGGCACGAGUAGAUCUUGGGAUGAACCCAUCUCGCAGCUGCUCCUGAACCUCCUCACUGCAGUCGCCGCAAUGAAGGUGGAAAGGGUGGAAGAUGGAAAACUGCUGGGAAGCCAGGCUUGGGAGAAAAUGGCUAUCACCUCCUCGUUGUUCUGUGGACGUAUCACCCUGGUACCCUUCAUCAUGAGGAGCCUGGAGCUGUCCCCCAUCAGCUGGAAGGAAGAAUGUCCCUGCUUGUCUGACGAGGCGCUGUGGCUUGUCCCCUGGAUUCCUCGGCUCCACAAGUCCUUACUCAUCAGAGCCAGGAUUUCACGAGACCCCCCACGAGGACAUUGCUGGCCGGGUGGCAGCACAGAGGACGAGGUGCUGGUGACGGAGCUCCCAGAGGUGUGCGCCAGCCUGGGCCAGGCACUCGGCUCCUAUAGCAGAGCCCAGAGGCACCUAUAAAGACCAAGGCGUGUCGGGAAACCUGAUGCCUCACCUCCCCGAUGUGGAGGCGGAGGGAGGGCCAAAAGACAUGUCCCUUCACGCUCACUAUAGCUGAAAACGCAGGAGGAAACUCACUAGAGCCUCUCUGACCAGCGCAGGGGGCCUCGCAGUCCUGCUCUCGCCCCCAGAAGCCCUCCUGUACGCCAGUACUCUGGGGGGGUGGCAGUCCCACACCCGCCGGGCAAUGAACAUCACGAGGAGAAGAGGCUUCUACAGACAGGAGGUGAACAAAACCCUCUGGGAGCUGCCCAGGAGAUACACGUCCCUCCACCCGCUGGGGUCUGGAGCCUACGGCUCAGUGUGUUCAGCCAUAGACAAGAAGACAGGGGAGAAGGUGGCUAUCAAGAAGCUCUGCCGCCCAUUCCAGUCGGAGAUCUUUGCCAAGAGAGCAUACAGAGAGCUCAUGCUGUUGAAGCACAUGCAACACGAGAAUGUCAUUGGGCUUCUUGAUGUCUUCACCUCUGCCACCUCUUACCAGGGCUUCCAGGACUUCUAUCUGGUGAUGCCAUACAUGCGGACAGACUUACAAAAGAUCAUGGGACAUGAAUUCAGUGAUGAAAAGAUCCAGUACCUGGUCUACCAAAUGCUGAAAGGGCUUAAGUACAUCCAUUCAGCUGGCAUCAUCCACAGGGACCUGAAACCAGGCAACCUGGCCGUGAACGAAGACUGUCAGCUGAAGAUCUUGGAUUUUGGCUUGGCCAGGCACGCUGAUGCUGAAAUGACCGGCUACGUGGUUACGCGCUGGUACAGGGCCCCAGAAGUCAUUCUGAACUGGAUGCAUUACAACCAGACAGUGGAUAUCUGGUCUAUUGGCUGUAUUAUGGCAGAAAUGCUGACUGGGAAAACGCUGUUUAAAGGAAAAGACUACCUGGAUCAACUGACUCAGAUCCUGAAAGUAACAGGGCAUCCAGGAGAAGACUUUGUGGAGAAGCUGGAGGACAAAGCGGCCAAGAGUUACAUCAAGUCCCUCCCUAAAAUCCCCAAGAAGGAUUUGUCUGUGCUUUUCCCCAAAGCCAAUCCUCAGGCAGUGGAUUUGCUUGACAAGAUGUUGCAGCUGGAUGUGGAGAAGCGCCUGACAGCCACGCAGGCGUUGGCUCACCCCUAUUUCGACCAGUUCCGAGACGUUGAGGAGGAGACAGAAGCACAAGAGUCUUACGACGAUUCUCUGGAACACGAAAAGCUUUCCAUAGAUGAGUGGAGAACCCAAACCACCCUGGGAUUCUAUGCAGAUUUUGCUGUUAGCGAGAGCAAAUACAAGUCCCACUUGCUUCAGGGAUGUGAAGUCUCCUCAGCAUCAGUCCUUCUGCUGAGUGCACUUCCAGGAAACACCUUGUGUUUCGGGGACUGGGUUUCUCAGGAGGUUUUCUCUUUGAAGAGCUCCUGCUGAAUGAUCUGAAACCUCAAGAGCAACCCCAACAGCCAGUGUGUGGGUUUCAUCAUUCACCCACUAACCCUAUGCAGUGACGGCACACUGUCCAACAGCCAAACCAUUCCUCUGCAAUUCCCAGUAUCCUGACAAAUGCAGGGAGCUGGUGCUCUGCAAGCCCAGAGCCCUGGAGCUGUGCUUGGGUUUGUGGUAUGCACCAGGCAGGAACUCGGAACAGCUAUCAGGAAAUGGAGAAGGUUGGAGUGGAAGGAGUCUCUCUCUGUGAAGACCAACCGUUCCAGGGCUCAUGCACCAUCUGAUGACACACUGCAGUGAAGAGGAAUGAGCUGCUUAACAGGGAAACAAAAAUCAUGUUCACGUUUCAUGAAAGGAGAUUGAAAAACACCCACUCAACCCAACUGGUGAGUCAAAUAGCCCAAACUCCACACAAGAAAGAGGGGGAGCCCCUGACAGACCCCAUUAGGCAAAGAAGAAAUUCUCUUGUGCUAGUUGGCUGACCUACAUACUUUUGUUAUGUUUUUUCCUCCUUGCAUAGUUUACAUACUUAAAAAUACAAAACUGAGUGAUAAAAAUCACUCAACCCUUAAGUGAACAUUCAAAAUUCCAUAAAUUAGGCUGGCCAGAAUUAAGUUUCCUGUCUGUAUGAAGGAUGUGUGAUAAAAAUGGAGAUGGAUUGAAUGUUUGCCUCACAAUGUACAGAUGUUGAAAUACUAUUUACUUGGUUUUCCUACAUUUAUGUCUGAGUUUAUUAUCUCAGUUUUAUUUUUAGUUGCAAAGUGAAGCCUUUACUAUAACCACUCAUUGCGUGUAAGACUUCUUGACAGCUAGUUAGGUCUGUGAAGUUGCAGCUUUAUGGCAUGGAUUUAUUAGGAACUUCCAGAUGUAAGUGGGAAAGAAAAAACAGAUGAAGCAAUGAUUAUUAUUACUUUAUUUUUAUUUUUCCUUUCUUAAGAGACACCACAAAAUGACCAGAGAUUUAAGAGAUACGAUAUUUACAAUGUUUUAGGCACCACCCAGAAGCAUUUUGGUGCGGAGUUGUGAAACUAUCUCCAGCCUCUUAGGAAACUGUACACUUGCCCUGUAGGAAAUGGUUGGACUUGACGAUCUUAAAGGUCUUUUUCAACCUGGUUGAUUCUCUGAGUCUAUGAAAAUGUCUGAGAAUCUGAUUUCCUGUUGAACCUUUUCACAUUCUAGGUGCAGACUAAACAAAUAAUUUCCAGGUUUGAAGUGUCUGAUAAUGGAAGAGAAGAAAAACCUAGAAAAUAAUCAACACAGCUGAGAACUCUAAUGAGAUAUCCCCAGAAGUGGGGACACUCAACAAGUUUGUGAUGACACUGAGCUGUGUGGUGCAGUCAACAUGCUGGAGGGAAGGGAUGGGAUCCAGAGGGGCCUGGACAGGCUGGAGUGGUGGGACCAUGUGAACCUCAUGGAGCUCAUCAAGUGCAAGCUGUUGCCCCUGGGUUGGGGCAAUCCCAAGCACAAACACAGGCUGGGGGAGACUGGAUGGAGCAGCCCUGAGGAGAAGGACUUGGGGUGUUGGGCUAGGAGAAGCUCCCCAUGACCCGUCGGUGUGUGCUUAAGCCCAGAACCCCCCUGUGUGCUGGGCUGCACCCCCAGAGCGUGAGCAGCAGGUCGAGGUGGGGGAUUCUCCCCCUCUGCUGUGCUCUGGGGAGACCCCCCUGCAGUCCUGAUCCAGCUCUGGGGCAGCAGCACAAGAGGGACGUGGAGCCGCUGGAGCGAGGCCGGAGGAGGCCCCGGAGCUGCUGCGAGGGCUGGAGCAGCUCUGCUCUGGAGGUGAAACAAAGACCAGAAUAGCCAGCACUAAUUCAUUUAUCCCCGAAACUGAUGAACACUCACUGCACUAAUUGCAGUUACCACAGAAUCAUUUAGGUUGGAAAAGACCUUUAAGAUGGCAUCCAACACUGUGAAGAUGUUAAGAGUUUCCAGGUGAAUGUGGUUUAUGGGCUGUUUUGCCCAAUUUCUUUCUAAAAGGCCAUUUUCCAAGCACAUGGGUUUAUAAGCUUUUAAUACAAGGUUCAGGCAGUGCUGCUUCACAACCCCUUCAGUCAGCACUUGGGCUGAUUGAUAACUCUCUUGUUGGAUUGUGCUCUAUUAAAUAAUGCUGCAAGGUUAGUAUAGAUCUUCAACCCUCAUUGAAUUCCUGUUAAGUUGAAAUGAGUUCACUCCUUUUAGCCAAGUUUGGUUGGAAAAACAAAAACCCUCCCACCAUCAAUCAUCAUUUCAGGUCCAUCUUCAGAACGCUUUACCUGGAGGAAGGUUUGAAAACUGGGAUUUGCAUGUUAAGAUUAAAAAGAACAUCACUGAGGA